AUGGGACUGAAAGCGCUGAUUUUAGUCGGAGGAUUCGGUACGCGGCUGAGACCACUAACGCUCACGUUGCCCAAGCCACUCGUACCAUUCUGCAACAAACCGAUGAUAGUCCAUCAGAUAGAAGCGCUAGUGCAGGCCGGCGUGACAGACAUAGUUCUCGCGGUAAACUACCGUCCUGAGAUAAUGGAGAAGGUGUUGAAAGAGUGCGAGGAGCGGUAUAAGAUAACGAUUCAUUUCUCCAUUGAAUCUGAGCCAUUAGGCACAGCAGGUCCAUUGAAAUUAGCCGAGAAUAUACUAGGAAAAGACGACUCCCCGUUCUUUGUUCUCAACAGCGACGUUACGUGCAACUAUCCCUUUGAACAGCUGCGAGAUUUCCACAACUCGCACAGCAGUGCCGGGACGAUAAUGGUCACAAAGGUCGACGAGCCCUCCAACUACGGUGUCGUCGUUAUGCACACCGGCUCCUCCCAGAUAGAGCGUUUUGUCGAAAAGCCCAAGACGUUUGUCGGAAACCGGAUCAAUGCGGGUAUAUACAUAUUCGAUCCAAAAAUGCUAUCGCGUAUAAAUCUUCAACCAACGUCAAUCGAGACGGAAGUGUUCCCGCCAAUGGCAAGUGAUGGCGAGCUACACGCUUUCGAUCUGCAGUCUUUCUGGGCAGAUGUAGGUCAACCGAAAGAUUACAUUCAUGGGACAUGUCUGUAUUUGUCACACCUCAGCAAUUACUCGCCGAACCAACUCACACAGCCGUCCCAACAUAGCUGGGUUAAUGGCGGGAACGUCCUUGUUGCACCGUCGGCGGAAAUAGAUAGUAGUGCACUUAUUGGACCUAACGUCGUCAUCGGACCAGGUGUUAAGGUGGGAAGGGGCGCAAGGUUGCAAAGGUGUGUCAUUAUGGACGGUAGCAGAAUUAGAGACCAUAGCUGGAUUCACUCCACUAUCGUCGGCUGGAAUUGCACUAUUGGUAGAUGGGUGCGUAUAGAAAAUAUCGCUGUCCUCGGCGAUGAUGUAGUCGUCAAAGAUGAACUUCACAUCAAUGGCGCUUCUGUCCUCCCCCACAAAUCCAUUUCUGCAUCUAUCACUGAACCAAAGAUAGUCAUGUAG